UUUUCGUGCCUAUCCAUGUCAGUUAUGCUAUUUGUGGAGAGAGUUUACAUGGGUGUGGUCAUAGUCUUUCUGAAGUUGUUUGGGCACAAGCCUGAGAAGCAUUACAAAUGGGAGCCACUCAGGGAUGACCUUGAGCUUGGAAACUCUGCAUACCCAAUGGUUCUGGUGCAAAUUCCAAUGUACAAUGAGAAGGAGGUGUAUCAAUUAUCAAUUGGAGCUGCAUGUGGGCUAUCAUGGCCAUCUGAUAGAAUUAUUAUUCAAGUUCUUGAUGAUUCAACAGACCCAAUCAUUAAGAAUAUGGUGGAAGUGGAAUGCCAGAGAUGGGCUAGCAAAGGCAUAAACAUAAAGUAUGAGAUCAGAGAGAACAGAAAUGGUUACAAAGCUGGGGCUCUCAAAGAAGGCAUGAAGCACAGCUAUGUCAAACUGUGUGACUAUGUGGCCAUCUUUGAUGCUGAUUUCCAACCUGAGCCUAACUUCCUUUGGCGAACCAUUCCAUUCCUUGCUCACAACCCAGAAGUUGCACUUGUCCAAGCUCGAUGGAAAUUCGUUAAUGCUGAUGAAUGCUUAAUGACAAGAAUGCAAGAGAUGUCAUUGGACUAUCAUUUCCUUGUAGAGCAGGAAGUUGGGUCCUCAACCUAUGCCUUCUUUGGCUUCAAUGGCACAGCUGGUGUUUGGAGAAUUUCAGCACUAAAUGAAGCUGGUGGUUGGAAGGACCGCACAACAGUGGAAGAUAUGGACCUGGCUGUACGAGCUGGUCUCAAAGGCUGGAAGUUUGUGUAUCUUAGUGACCUUAAGGUAAAAAAUGAAUUGCCUAGUACCUUCAAAGCCUACCGUUAUCAGCAGCACAGGUGGUCAUGUGGUCCAGCUAAUCUUUUCAGGAAAAUGGCAAUGGAAAUCAUAAGAAACAAGAAAGUUUCCCUGUGGAAGAAGUUUUAUGUGAUUUAUAGUUUUUUCUUUGUCCGGAAGAUUGUAGCCCAUGUGGUCACAUUUGUAUUCUACUGUGUCGUUUUGCCAGCAACUGUUUUAGUUCCAGAAGUGGAAGUCCCCAAGUGGGGUGCUGUCUACAUACCUUCUAUCAUUACACUCCUUAAUGCUGUUGGAACUCCAAGGUCACUUCACUUAUUGGUAUUCUGGAUACUUUUUGAAAAUGUUAUGUCAAUGCAUAGGACCAAAGCAACACUUAUAGGUUUGCUAGAGGCAGGGAGAGUAAAUGAAUGGGUAGUUACUGAGAAAUUGGGAGAUGCUCUCAAAACAAAAUCUGGUGGCAAAGCAGCUAGGAAGCCUCGUAUCAGGAUUGAUGGAAGACUUCAUUACCUGGAACUUGGGGUGGGGGCCUAUCUUUUUUUCUGUGGAUGCUACGAUCUUACCUUUGGCAAAAAUCACUACUUCAUAUAUCUUUUCCUGCAAUCUAUUGCCUUCUUCAUUGUGGGGGUUGGCUAUGUUGGAAUCUUUGUUCCGAAUUCUUAA